UAUUUUAUUAAAAUGAAUGUGUUACACAUAUUUAUACAACAGAGGAGGAGACUAGGGUUUAAGAUAUUUACACAUAGAUCCCUAAACUUAUAUUUACAUAUUUGUAUAUCCUAUACAAGAUUACCAAUUCUUCUGUAUUAAUCUCUUGUUUUUCUGCUAAGAACGAUAAAUGUCUCUGCUUCUCAACCAGCCAUCGCAGCUCUGCCUUCGUAAACCGGUGUUGGUAAGAGCCUCUCCCCAUGUUUCUAAUGGCUCCUCAUCUUCCUUGCUGCAAAUUUCUCCUUGCGUCAUGCUCGUCGCUAAACUUGGAGCGUGUCACGGAAAACGAAAAUAUCUCUAUCAUACCAGUGAAAAAAGUAGUUAUGAUCAUUUGGCAAAAAAGGCGCCUCUUGAGUUGGUGUAUUGGCCUACUAUCCCAUGGCAGAAAUUGUACCCUAAAGAAGAAAGUGAAAACCAAGGCGAUGUUACUGAUGCAAUGGUAACUAUAGGUUUAUCUCAUGGCUGGGUAGCUUCUUUGAAGAACGGAACUGUGCGUCUCCAAGACGAUAUAAACCCGGCUGCAUCGGAUUCAGAUCCAAAACGUAUCUCGUUGCCUCCUCUUGUAACUCUGCGUCAUUGCCAAACCCAAAUCGUCACCAACGUGGCAAUGUCCACACCUUCUCCAGACGAAGAGGAUUGUGUUGUGGCUGCUAAGUUCUUGGGACCUCAGCUCAGCUUUUGCAGACCGGGUCAAAGGAACUCCGAAUGGAUCAACGUCAGAAUCGAAAACCCCUGUUUCUUCUCCUCCCGAGUCAUGUUUUCAAAGAAACAUGACAUGUUUCGCAUACCCGGAUCUGGAGGCCACCUCAUUGCAUCAUGGGAUCUCGACAAACACAAGCACACACCCAAGAUUCAGAAGUUGCGAUAUCAAGGCUUUCCCGAGCUGACCAAGACCAAACGGGAGCUUUUGAAUUCAUGCACCACGAGCGAACACUUGGUGGAGUCACAAUCCACGGGUGAAACAUUCUUGCUUAAGUGGUACCAGAAGACCUUCGAGGUCAUUGACGGUAUUUUCAGAAUGAAAACAGAAUAUUUAUUGGUGUUCAAGCUUGAUGAAGAAGGAAAUGCGGUUUACACUAAUGACAUCGGAGAUCUCUGCAUUAUCCUCUCAAAGUCUGAACCUUUCUGUGUCCCUGCUAGCUCAUUUCCCGGAUUGCUCCCCAACAAAGUCCUUCUCUUUCAUUUCGUCGAGGUCGGACUUCGGAGUAGUCGAUCUGGCUGAAUGCCACUGCGAGUGCAAGGGUGGUUCUGGUUCAUCUAGAUUCGGAUUCUAUGAUGUCUUCUAUUUUUAUAUAUUUAAACUUUCAACCAUUUACUCUGGAUCGGUAUUAUUUCCCUAGCUUGCAA